CCUCAAAAUUAUCACGCUAUAUAUAUAUAUAUAUUAAUCGAAUACCUCUACCGUCUAUCCGAUUAUCCAAACAAUAAAUUAUCUGUAAUCCUCUCUUGAAUCUCACUGCUUUUUCCUAGCUAAUAAUAAUAACAAUAUCCAUGGAUUCAGCUCCAAAGGACAAACCCGCCGAGCAUGACCGUCAACCCUCUGCCUCUGAGCUUCUCGCGAGUGCCAAGUUAGUGUCCGAGGCAGCUCAAGCCUCAUUCGGUAAUGAAAGAGACAAGAUAGACAAGGUCAAAGUAGCUGCUGCUGCAGAAGAUCUUCUUGAAGCUGCCUCUAAGUAUGGCAAGCUGGAAGAGAAAGGCUUGGGCCAGUAUAUAGAGAAGGCUGAGAAUUAUCUCCACCAUUACCAUUCUAGUUCCCAGCCUACCACCACCCCCAGCACUACUGGUUCUGGCCACACAGCCCCUGUUGAAAAACAUGAAUCUCCCGUCCCGCCUUCGACUGGUGGUAAUGAUGACAAGUCUGGAGAUGGGCUCGGGGGAGCUUUCAAGAUGGCUCAAGGCUUCUUCAAGUAGCCUUGAGAUAUAUAUCUUGAAAUUAAUUUUGUGCAAAUAAAUUAAUGUGUCCAGUACUACUCCAAUAUCGCUUUUAAAUUCCAGUCAUAAUCCUUUAUAUAUACGUGCGCGCACUGAAGUUUAAUUGCUCUUGGAGCUUAAUUAGUUAUAUUCGACUCCA